UUCAAAAGUCUAUUCCUUUACUCAAUCGAAACAAAAACGCCAUUUCCGUUUCCAUUUUUCUUCACGCACACAAACAGAGAGAGAAAUUACAUUUUUUUCAGUAUUCCUUUCCAUCAUCAUGAAGAGAGAGAGAGAUCUCGAGAGCAUAACAACCAUGGCGAACUGCUUGAUGUUACUUUCCCGUAACAACGCUUCCACUACUGCAGAUUUCGAAUCGUCGUCUUCAUCUUCUCCGAAUCGUGUUUUCGAGUGCAAGACUUGUAAUCGCCAGUUUUCGUCGUUUCAGGCGCUCGGAGGCCAUCGUGCUAGUCACAAGAAGCCGCGGAUUGUUGGAGGAGACGGCGGAAAUUCCGAUGGAUCUUCAUCGCAAGGAUCUCCGACUAAGCCGAAGACGCAUGAGUGUAGUAUUUGUGGAUUGGAGUUCGCGAUUGGUCAAGCGCUUGGAGGACAUAUGAGGAGACAUAGAGCUACGACGUUGUUGAACGAUCACGCUCGACUCACUAAUCAUCCGAGUAGUUUAUCUCCUCCACCGCGUUCUCAACCGCCUGUGGUGAAGAAGACGAACGGCAGUGGAAGGAUUCUGUGUUUAGAUCUGAAUUUGACUCCAUCUGAGAACGAUAGUAAGUUUCUGCAGCUUGGAAAGAGUAUUUCCAUGGUUGAUUGUUUCUUCUGAUCAAUUUUAGAGUACAUAUUCAAACAGAUCGAACAGGAUGAGUAUGAGUUUUUGUUUUCCUUUCCUUUUUUGAUACUGUAAUCUUGAUUUCUUCGUUCGUUUACCAUCGAUACGGUAUAUAUAUAUAUAAAUUCAGAUCUUCAUAUAGUUCAAUUCAA